AUGGAAAGCGAAUUUCCCUGCGAAGAAGCGCUCUUCCGAUCGGAGCACCCAUUCUCAGAACCCUACUUCCGUUUCUCCCGCAAUCUCACUUUAUACGAAGCUUUUCAAAAUCUGUUUGCCCGCCCCGAGGAUUCGCCGGGACAAAGCCCUGACGCGAACCAUAUGGAUUUGACAGUCUUUGAUAUGUUCAUGCUCAUACACGUUCUGUUCACUUUCAUCAACACCCAUAUGAUGCUCGUUGGGUUCAUAGGACGCCACGGCGAAGUCAUCCAGUUACAACAAAACUCAUCCGCAGGCAAAAGCACAAUCCCUGAAGAUUCUCUUCUAUCAUCAAUCACGAUUGCACUUAAUCGAUGGCGUGACUACUGGCUUACGUUGCGCAGCCAAUUCUCGAAUGAUGAAUGGGCUUCGAUGGGUUUCUACAAGAACGGCUAUAAUUUCUGGCUCGUCUCGCAUCUCCUCAUUACCAAGAAAGAUGCCGUUGAUGUGCUCAUGGAGAUGGAGGUGAGCUGCGAAGACAAGUUGGAGAAGUUGAAGGUUUUGUUACAAGAUGAAGGAGAGUAG